AGCCUCAGUGCACAGCACCCAUCAGGCAGGAACCAACCCGUCCCCUCCCCAGAUCACUGCGUGUCUCCGAAGAACCACUGCUGCUUUUCCCGUGCAACGUUAUAAGGCAGCAAGGCACCCGCUGGACAUUUUAAAGCCAGCAUCUCUUGAUGCAGCUCUUCACUGCCUAUCUACCAUAUCAAAAGCAGCACAAAACCUGAAUGCCUGCUGCAAAAUAACUCAGGCCAGGGCUGCCCUGAAUCGCUGGGCAGGCAGUGGGAGCAGCAUCCUCCUACGGCAGCGAUGCCACGAGCAUGCCCGCUCCCCAGGGAGCCCUGCCAGGAGCCGUGAGGCCGCGCUCCCCUUUCCCAGCCCCAGCACAGCGAGAUGGAGCUGCCCCGGGAGUGAUGCUGCUCGCCGAGCCCAUGUGAUGCUGGGCUAGCGCGGCUCCUCCAUCGUCCCCCUCCGCUCACAGGCUGUCAUGGCGACUCCCAAUAACGUUACUCCCACCAACUGCAGCUGGUGGCCCAUCUCGGCGCUGGAGAACGACGCGGGGAAAUCCAAGGAGGGGGAGGAAAAUCAGGAUCCGACAGACCCCGCUCUCAGAUCCCAGGACAGGCUGGUUUUGUACCACUGGACCCAGUCCUUCAGCUCCCAAAAGGUGCGCUUGGUCAUCGCUGAGAAGGGGCUGCCCUGCGAGGAGCGCGAUGUCAGCAUGCCGCUGCUGGAGCACAAGGAGCCCUGGUUCAUGCGGCUCAACCUGGGCGAGGAGGUGCCCGUCAUCAUCCACCGGGACAACAUCAUCAGUGACUACAACCAGAUCAUCGACUACAUGGAGAGGAACUUCACAGGAGAGAACGUCCCCCAGCUGAUCCCUGAACCCGGGACCCUGCUGCACUCGCGGGUGUUGCAGUACCGGGAGCUGCUGGACUCACUGCCCAUGGAUGCCUACACACACGGCUGCAUUCUGCACCCCGAGCUCACCACCGACUCCAUGAUCCCAAAGUACGCGACCGCUGAGAUCCGCAGGCAUUUGGCUAAUGCCAGCACGGAACUGAUGAAGCUGGACCACGAGGAGGAACCACCACUGACAGAGCCAUACCUCUCCAAGCAGAAGAAGCUCAUGGCCAAGAUCCUGGAGCACGACAAUGUGAAUUACUUGAAGAAAAUCCUGGGGGAGCUGGGAAUGGUGCUGGACCAGAUCGAGGCUGAGCUGGAGAAGAGGAAGCUGGAGUACCAAGGGCAGAAGUGUGAACUUUGGCUCUGCGGAUGUGUCUUUACCUUGGCCGAUAUCUUGUUAGGAGCUACCCUGCAUCGCCUCAAGUUUCUAGGACUCUCUAAGAAAUACUGGGAAGAUGGCAGCAGACCUAACCUACAGUCCUUCUUUGACAGGAUACAGAAACGCUUUGCCUUCAGGAAAGUCUUGGGAGACAUACAUACCACGCUGCUCUCCGCAGUGGUACCCAAUGCCUUCAGGCUGGUCAAGCGGAAACCUCCCUCCUUCUUCGGAGCCUCCUUCCUGAUGGGAUCUCUGGGGGGAAUGGGAUAUUUUGCUUACUGGUACUUAAAGAAAAAAUACAUCUAAUGCUGGCAGCUUGGUGUUUAGAUUGGUGUCUCUGUGCUGUGUGAAAUUAUGACGAAGCCUCAGUAACUGUAAUGAAAUUUGAGGCAAGGUAUGAAUAAUAAUAUUGUUUAAUGUAACAUUCCAUAGUCUAGAAGUAGAAAAGUAUACUGCAAGGAAAUAACAGCAACAAAAAUGCAUCAACUUGUAAAUGCCUUUUUAGGUUUAAGUAUUCCACUCCAGUGGGAGGCUUGGGGGCUGGCCUGGCUCCCCGUGCCCACUGGGAAGCCCUGCGGGUGCAAUUCCAGGGGAGAUGGGCACCCUGAGGAGCUCCCAACACCCAGGUUAACAGUGGGACUUGGAUACUCAGCCCUGUUUGUGUUUCCAGAGUGUUCACCGGCCACAUUU